GACCUCCUACUCGGUCUCGCUCCUCAUGCUCGUUGUUUACGCGUACGAAUCGCACCGCGCCGUCCUCGGGGGGCGAGCCCGGCCCCCGGCAGCGCUGCAGGAUCGGAGCCACUGCCUGGAGAACGCCCGGCAGGGAAUUCCCUCCGUCCUGGCCUGGCUGCUGCCGGCGCUGACCCUCCUGGCCCAGCUGCUCGCCCGAGGCUCCGCCGCCACCGACAUCGCGCCCGUGGUGCCCCGGCCCGGCUCCAACGCCACCUUCAGCCUUUACUGCUCCAGCUGCCUCCUCCUGAUCCACCCCAACCGAGACAUCUGCUCCCAGGUGGGCGCUGCUCUCCCUGUGGGGCCGGGGNGGUCGGGGCCAGCCGGGGUCGCUCCGGCGCUGGAUUCCAGCAAACCCUGCCCGGGGUUUGGGGCAGCGCGCUGGGACCGGCCCAGGGUGGUCACGGCCACCACAAGGGGAGGUGACAGCCGGGCAGGGAUUCCUCCGACCCCGCUGUUCCCGCUGAGUCCCGGGCCCGGGACGCGGCUUCUCGGCCCUCCCCAGCCCCGGGAAAGGUGGGAGGAGAUCCCAGCGGGAAAACCCGGGAGGAAGAGACAGGGAAAGCCCAGCAGUGCAGCCACCGCCGAGGGGCUGCUGAGGAGCCGGCCCCGGCCCCGGCCCCGCCAUUCCCCCAGAGCGACGGGAACGCCGUGGCUGCGGUUCCCGGGAGAGUCCGGCCGUGCCCGGGGCGGGCUCGGGGCGGCCCCGCUCCCUCCGUGCCUCCCGCAGGUCCUGGCGCUGACGGGUGUCACCCUCCCGGCCGCGCUGCUCAGCCUCCUGGGCAGCGGAACUGUCCUCGCGGUCACCUCCUGGCAGGGGCGCUGCUGCCACAUCCCGGUGAGUGUCACCAGCCCCUGUCACAUCCCGGUGAGUGCCACCGGCUCCUGGCAGUGUCACCGCUGCCACAUCCCGGUGAGUGUCACCUGCACCUGUCACAUCCCGGUGAGUGUCACCAGCCCCUGGCAGUGUCACCGCUGUCACAUCCCGGUGAGUGUCACCAGCCCCUGGCAGUGUCACUGCUGUCACAUCCCGGUGAGUGUCACCAGCCGCUGUCACAUCCCGGUGAGUGUCCCCAGCCCCUGGCAGUGUCACCGCUGUCACAUCCCAGUGAGUGUCACCAGCCCCUGGCACAUCCUGGUGAGUGCCAUCGGUUCCUGGCAGUGUCACCGCUGUCACAUCCCGGUGAGUGCCACCAACCCCUGGCAGUGUCACCAGCCCCUGUCACAUCCCGGUGAGUGCCACCAGCCCCUGUCACAUCCCGGUGAGUGCCACCAGCCCCUGGCAAUGUCACCGCUGUCACAUCCCGGUGAGUGCCACCAACCCCUGGCAGUGUCACCAGCCCCUGUCACAUCCCGGUGAGUGUCACCAGCCCCUGGCACAUCCUGGUGAGUGCCAUCGGUUCCUGGCAGUGUCACCGCUGUCACAUCCCGGUGAGUGCCACCAGCCCCUGGCAAUGCUGCCGUGUCCAGGUGAGUGUCCCCGGCUCCCAGGGACACAGGGCUGGGUCUGGCCCCAGCUAAGCUCGAAUCAAAGCCGGGCCAAUACCGGCUUUAAGGCCCCGGAGGGGAGCGGGAGGUUCGGGAUGCCCAGCACCGGCACCCGGCCCGGUCCCCGGGAGCCGCCGGGCCCAGCCUGGGGAGGGCGGUGGGGGCUCCCGGGGGUCGGGGCUGAUGCCAGCAGAGCUAACGCGGUGUCCCGUCCCCAGCUGCGGCCCCUGUUCCUCCUGGCCCUGGCAGAUUUCCUGGGUGCCAGCGCGCUGCUGGGCACGGGAACCAUCCCGCUGCUGCCGGCCCCGCUCUCCGUGCCCGCCUUCGCCGCCUGCCCCUACGGCCGGAUGCUC